GGCACUAACAUGGCGGCCCCCAGCGGCGUCUACCUGCUCGUCCGCAGAGGUUGUCAUAGAAUUCUCUCCUCACCACUCAAUCAUAUCUACUUACACAAGCAGUCAAGCAGUCAACAAAGAAGAAAUUUCUUUUUCCGGAGACAAAGAGAGAUUUCACACAGUAUAGUUUUGCCGGCCGCCGCUUCUCCAGCCCACCCAGUCCCUGAGCACAUAAAGAAGCCAGACUAUGUGACGACAGGCAUUGUACCCGACUGGGGAGACAGCAUAGAAGUUAAGAAUGAAGAUCAGAUUCAAGGGCUUCGUCAGGCUUGUCAGCUGGCCCGUCAUGUCCUCCUCCUGGCUGGGAAGAGUUUAAAGGUUGACAUGACAACUGAAGAGAUAGAUGCCCUUGUCCAUCAGGAAAUCAUCAGUCAUGAUGCUUAUCCCUCACCUCUAGGCUACGGAGGUUUUCCAAAAUCUGUUUGUACCUCUGUAAACAACGUGCUAUGUCAUGGUAUUCCUGACAGUCGACCUCUUCAGGAUGGAGAUAUUAUCAACAUUGAUGUCACGGUCUAUUACAAUGGCUACCAUGGAGAUACCUCUGAAACAUUUUUGGUGGGCAAUGUGGACGAAUGUGGUAAAAAGUUAGUGGAGGUUGCCAGGAGGUGCAGAGAUGAAGCAAUUGCCGCUUGCAGAGCGGGGGCUCCCUUCUCUGUAAUUGGAAACACAAUCAGCCACAUAACUCAUCAGAACGGUUUGCAAGUCUGUCCCCAUUUUGUGGGACAUGGGAUAGGAUCUUACUUUCAUGGACAUCCAGAAAUUUGGCAUCAUGCAAAUGACAGCGAUCUACUCAUGGAGGAGGGAAUGGCAUUCACCAUAGAGCCAAUCAUCACUGAGGGAUCACCUGAAUUUAAAGUCCUGGAGGAUGCGUGGACUGUGGUCUCCCUGGACAGUCAAAGGUCUGCCCAGUUCGAGCACACAGUUCUCAUCACAUCGGGGGGCGUGGAGAUCCUGACCAAACUGCCCCAUGAGGCCUGAGGAGCCGCCCGAAGGUUGCAGAGGCCAGGCGCAUUUUAUCCUAAAUUGCUGAAAUCUAGCUGGAGAACUUUUUUAAAAAACACAAGGCGAACCGCAGUUCAUGUAGUAACCAACCUAGCAUCUAGUCGUGGAAAAACCCAGUGGGGUCUGGGGGCAGUUGGAAACUGCCUUGGGAGAGCGGCUUCAGAAAGAUGAAUCCUGGAGCUGACUUGGCUUCCCAACACAGAGGGAAAGAUUCUGGAGGAGAGUGGAGACGCCCUCGUUUGGAGGAUGAGGGAUUUCUAGAGAUGCAUGCUUUUCUCUUUCCCUUGUCUUGACUCUGCCCAAGUAAAAAGCUUUUCCUUCUUAA